UUCGGAACAAAAGUCAGUAUAUUUUGGUGUUGCUCACGGUUAAACAUAGUAUCGCCCACGCACAUUGCCUGUCCCCACAUCGCCUGAACUUUCAGUUCCAUCUUACAUCUCGCGGCACAAAGACGCAACAGUUGUAAAAAUGAGUCGUGUUGGUAGAACUAGGCGCACACGUGUCUAUGACUGUAAUUAUAACAAGGGAGAGAGUUACUACCGACCCGUGCUGGAUCGUUUGGACGGAAAAGUCCCCGUAGCAAAGGAACCUGAGAGGGAUCAAAUCAAAUCUGAUGUCGAAAACCGCAUCAGGACAGCUCUGGAUGACAUCGACACCCCAGCUGAAAACUUAUUUGACUCAAGAGGUGGUCGUGUUCAGCGUGGAAGACCUCUAUCGUCUGCUUUGGAAGACGACCUGACUGACGAUAUCACUGAAUCGCUAAAACGUCUCCGCGCGAGUAAGAAGGUAUCUCGAUUCUCCGAUGAUAUUGAUUUUGAGAGCAACGUAUCAAACCUGGAAAAUCGCAUAAAAACCAACUUUAUUACGGACAAGAUCCUUGAAACUGUUGGUAUUGGUCAAAGUGAGGUAUCUAACGCAAGAAGAGCUCUGAAAGAGAAUGAAGAUCGCACAGAGAAACGCAUAGCGCGUAGAAUUAACGAAGAGAACUCACUGACUAAGUGGACAGCGUUGAAGGACGUAGAUGAGGAAUCCGCUGCCGUACAAAGGGCCAAAGCCACCAGGGCGCGUCUAACUGAUCUAGAGGAUGAAAUGUCGGAACUGAGCGAGCGAACCGCGGCUAGAGAGAAACGUGCCGCUCGCCUUAGAGCCCUCGUCGCAGACACCGAAGCUGACACAACUGUAGCCGCUUCAAAAAUUACGAUCCGAGCUGAACGAGAGAAGAAACAAGUCACCUUUUAAGAGGAGUCAUAGAUUCGUAGCGAUCAGAUCUUAGAAGACUUAAAGAUAAGCAAUUUUUUAUGCAUUUCUCAAUUCUGUCGGUCUCUAUUAUAUAUGUUGUGUUAUAAAAUAAAAAUAUACUUAUUC